AUGUCCAACCUCAAUAACAUACGAGGCAGCGGGGAGAGAGUGAGGAAGACGACUGGCCAACAGGUAUGGAUUCCAGAGCUUUCAGAGACUGAGGAACGGCUGCUGAAAAAGAGAGAAUUUCUUAAGGAGAAGAUCAACCAGGAGCUUCUGUUUGCCAAGAAAAACAGCAGAGCGAACAGAAAAUUGGCUCUGGAGGCGCUGAUGAGGAAGAGGCAUCACGAGAAACAACUCGAGUUCACUGAUUUAGCUUUGACGGCCAUGACAGCCGCACAGAAAAACAUAGAAUUUGUCCACAAGGUGAUCGACCUGAUGAUGGAGCAUCAUGUGACUGAAGACGUACCAGACAGCAUCUGCUCCUGUGCAGGCAUGGAAGUGGAAUUUGAUGAGGAUGAGCUGAUGGCAGAACUGGAGAAGCUGCAGGAGAAUCUGGACGAGAGUCUCUUGGAGAUGGAUGGAAAAGACGACCGAGUGUCUUCACUGCAGCUGUCCACCGAAUCCCCUGUACCUGCUGUCAAGACGGACGAAGAGGAGAUCGAAGAGCAGCUGGAAUAUCUUCAGCGUUGGGUGAAGGAACCUUCAGAAACACAACAAAAGCACACCGACGUUUAG